GAUAACCCGCCCUGGUUUACGAGAAAAGAAAAAAAUUUAUCAGAGGAACCCAUCCUUUACCACUGCCAUUUCCUUUCCUCCUGCAGCCUUUUGCUCUGUGUGAAUCUAUGUUCUAGCAGAACCAUAUGGAGUCCACGAAACCAGAACCCAUUCCCCACCUGGUGCCCGGAAAACCGGAAUCGGUUUCUCAUCCGGUAUCAGAGAUAAAAGAAGUGGUUUCUCGGCCUCAACUGAACUUAGAAGAUCCGGGGGAAGAUGCUGCUUCAGAUUCUUCCCCGGCUAGUUCCAGCCAAAUGGAAUCCAAAAUUCCACAGCCCAUUUCUCCUCCGGUGCCCGGAAAACCGGAUGAUCCUGUGCAUGUGAAAGAAGAAGCUGGUUCUCAAGAGAAUUUGGAAGGAACCGGAAAAGCUACUGCUUCAGAUUCUCCGCCAGCUUGCUCCAGCCGAAUGGGAUCCAAAAAACGUGUGCUCAUUCCUCAGCCGGUGGCCGGGAAAUCAGAAUCUGUCUCUCGUCAUCCGUCGCAGAAGAAACCAAAAUCAGUUUUUGACUGGAUUUCUAAAGAAACCCACAAAGAAACUGCUUCAGAUUCUUCUCUGGUUAGGUUCUUCGAGAUGGAAAACUGGAAACAGGACCCGGUGACCGGAAAACCAGAAACCGCUGUUUCUUCAGAUUCAUCCCCAGCUAGCUACGAAGAAAAUUCUACCACUAAUAUUCACAAGCACACUACCAGCGGAGAUGGUAUUACUGAUAUACAAUAUUCUCCGCCGGCAGAAUCGGAGGAGAAGGCAAUUAUAUCGGUGGGGGAGGAUGUGGCGGGGGAGGAGGCGAAUGGGAAGAGGUCAGGGGAACAGGAUUCUUUGGCCUUGGUGAAGAUUGACCAGUACGGCGCCGGAGACAUGGACGGAGGUGGUGGUGCGGGAGGAGGAAGAGGCGGCGAGAACAGGCGGCGGUUGAAGGAGAGCUUGUCGGAGCUGAGGAAGUCGGAGAGGCAGAAAGCGAUGAAGAAAGGUGCUUUGAGCUUUAGGGUGUUUGGAUUUGUGUUGUGUCUGGCUUCGUUUUCGCUGAUGGUGGCUAAUCGGAAGCAGGGCUGGGCUAUGGACUCUUUCGAGCUUUACAGGGAGUUCAGGUACUCGGUGUCAGUGAAUGCCAUGGGAUUUGUAUAUUCAGGAGCACAGGCAAUUGAUUUGAUUUACCACUCUGCAACCGGAAAAAAUGUUUUCCAGCACCCUUUGCGCUCUCUCUUUGAUUUCUUGGUCGAUCAGGUGAUAGCAUACCUUCUAAUAUCUGCAUCGUCUUCGGCUAUCACACGAGUUGAAGAAUGGCGAUCCAAUUGGGGAGAGGACAAGUUCCCAGAUAUGGCAUGUGCUUCUGUGAUCGUGUCCUUCAUCGCAUUUGUUGCCUUGGCAUUUAGUUCUCUCAUAUCUGGUUACGCCCUUUGCACUCCCAAACCUGUGCACACAUGAGUGAUCACAAUUCACUGACUUGCAAAAUUUACACCUUUUUUUCUCUUCACAAAUUUUGUAUAUUUAGGGGCUGUUCUUUGUUACACCAUUCUGGUUCUUUAUGUAAUCAACUUG